AUGGGUGUUGCUUUUUCGUUUUGGGCAGCCAAAUACCAAAUCCCUUUUUUUCACCCAUCUUUUUACUGUUGCAACAAGAAUGUGCACGGACCGGGUACUAGCAAGGAAGAGCCCGUGCCGUUGUCUGAGUUUCUUCCUUCGUUAAUUUUGCUCAAGCUGCUGGAAAGGUAUAUACGUCUCAGGCAUAGGUGA